CCCCCAGGGGUAACAGCCAUGGGCCCUGGAGAGGGCUGGGCACUGGGUGCAGGGACCAGAGAAGGUCCAGGCAGAAGACAGGGCCAGGUGGGCCAGGCAUACUGGGACAGCUGCUGUCAGCAAGAGGGACUGGGGGCCCCUCUCCAGGAAGUUCAAGCGGAGCUUCCACCCUGAGGGCAGAUGAGGCCCAAGACUGGCCAAGUGCGCUGUGAGGCCCCCCAGGAGGACAGAGCCCUGACCGAGGCAGUGCCAGCUCCUACUGCUACUAAGCCUGGCCAUGGGUGCCCAUGGCCCACUGUCCCCAGCGCAGCACCACUGAGCAGAGCCCCAGCAGGAAGGAGCCUAUCCAGCUUUCGAAGCCCAUGAGACAGGUAGUGGCUGUGGGUCUGAGCUGCUGGUCCUGGGACUCUCCCACCACAGCCUCCCCGAAACCUUCAAUCUGCUUCCUGUUCCUACAAAGGACUUCUGGCGUCAGAAGGUCCAGCUUGGACUUGGCAAAACCACCACCCAGAACAGUUGGCUACUAUGCAUCAAAGGACCCAGGUGGGCAGAAGUCUCCUCAUUCAGUCACACUCUUCCCGCCCUCCUCUGAGAAACUCCGCGCCAACAAGGCCACCCUGGUGUGCCUCAUCAGUGACUUCUACCCCAGCGGCGUGACGGUGGCCUGGAAGGCAAACGGCAGCCCCGUCACCGAGGGCGUGGAGACCACCAAACCCUCCAAACAGAGCAACAACAAGUACGCGGCCAGCAGCUACCUGAGCCUGUCGCCUGACAAGUGGAAAUCAUACAGCAGCGUCAGCUGCCUGGUCACGCACGAGGGGAGCACCGUGGAGAAGAAGGUGGUCCCCGCAGAGUGCUCUUAGGUCCCCGACACCCUCCCCCACCCAAGGGGGCCUGGAGCCACAGGACCUCCAGGAGGAUCUGCCCUCCCACCAGGGUCACCCCGGCCCUUCUCGCUGCACCCGCUCGACACUCAAUAAAUGUCCUUUAUUCAAU